AUGAUCGGCAUUAAAGUGAAGUGGGGCAAGAAUGAGUAUGAUCUCUCUGUGGACGAGUCGAGUACCUUUCUGAAGUUAAAGGAACAGCUUUACACCCUUACUCGCGUUCCAGUGGAAAAGCAAAAGAUUAUGGGCCUAAAGCCCUCAGCAUUGGGUAACGGGGCCAUCCUUUCGCAACUGGGGGUGGCAGCGGGCAAAACACUGAUGCUAAUUGGCUCUGCGGAGGGCACUGCCAUCCCUAAAGUCGAGGCAGCAGCGGUAGAGGACGCCUCUGGGGGACACAGUGAGACGUCUGCCACCUCAAACGGCCUCCGGAAUAUCGCCAACACCUGUUACUUAAAUGCCGCCAUCCAGAUGCUGCGUUCCAUUCCGGAGAUUAGACAAUGUCUUUCCCAGUACUCUGGUAGCAACCCGCUCCUUAAGGAACUAGGCACGUUAUUGACAUCGAUGGAGGAAACUAAAGAGGCGGUAUCCCCCCUCAGUCUUUGGAGCACACUUGUGCAACUUAACCCCGUCUUCGGUGAGCGCGAUGAGCAUGGGAUGUUUAUGCAGCAGGACUCGCAAGAGGUACUAAACUUUAUUUUGCAGCAGAUCGAUGCUGCACUACCGCCAUCUUGCGCGAAUCUCUAUAGAGGCAAGAUGAAGCAAACGAUGGUCUGCACCGAAGACUCAGGCGAUCCAGGAAAGGUAAGUGAUGUGCCCUUCACCAUGCUGACCUGCAAUAUUUCAGGUGAAGUACAAAUGCUUGAAGCAGGUCUGGAGCAGGCCUUUAAUGAGCAGCUGAAUGCUAGCAACGAAACAUUGCAGCGUGAGGCGUCUUACUCUAAAACGAGUCGGAUCAGCAAGUUGCCGGAGUACGUAGUGGUGCAUAUGGUGCGCUUUUCUUGGAAAAGCGAUGUUCAAAAAAAAGCCAAAAUACUUAAACCCAUCACGUUCCCCCUCACACUUGAUCUCUUUACUCUCCUCACGGAAGACCUGAAGCAAGAACAAAAGCUGUGCCGUGAGAUGAUAAUGAAGCGCCGAGAUGAGGAGCUGGAAAGACGUAAGCGCAGCCGCAGCAGCCCAAGUCCGACUAGCGACGAUGCACCAAACAUUGUUGAUACUGUUCCACAGAUUUUGUGCAAUGAAAGUGGUUUCUACGAACUAUGUGGCGUUAUUUCCCAUAAGGGGCGUACUGCGGAGGCUGGACAUUAUGUAUACUGGGGGAAAAAAGGAAACCAAUGGCUUGUUUUUGACGACGAUCACGUCGCGGCUGUGUCUGAGGAUGACGUGAAGCGACUUCGCGGGGUUGGUGAGGCGCAUAUUGCCUACGUGUUAUUGUAUCGCAGCCGGGAUCCGGUAUCUCAUCGUCCUGUUAUUCCUCUUUAG